AUGGUUCGCGCCCGUAUUCAAGUGGCUCAACCCAUGUUUCAUGACGCUCCGUUGCUUGAUCCUGACGGAAUUGCGCCCAGCAUUAGCGGCCAUAUCUGCCACCUCAGAGGCCGAGUUAGCGCUCUGGAAACAUGCGUACGAGAUCGUGCCUUUAACUCUGUGCAGCUAUGUUUCAAAGGCGUCAUCACGUCUUCUAUUGAUUCCAGAUCCGCCACGGAGAACUUUGUCGUCUUGACCAAUACGAAGACACGCUGCGAUUUUGUAGCCAGACAGUCGCCGAGCCGUCCAAGUUCUAGCAGUGACGCUUACCAUACUACCGACUUUCACUUUGCUGUGCCCACUGUAUCCUCAAAUCAAGACGGCGCAUUGCGGCCUUUGCCACCUACAUCCACGAUCACCGGCACAGCCGAUGUGCCUCAAACCUCCGCCCUGGCCAGCCAUCGCAUCCUUCAAGGAAAAUGCCAAGUGUCAUACUGGAUCGAAGCGCAGUUUCUCCUUGACGGCCGACAAGUUGGCUAUGUACGGGAAGAUGUACGAAUCUCCUGGGCCUACCCUACUCUACGCGCAUAUCUGUUUAGAGGAUCGCCUCUAACUGUGCAAGCGACACCUGGCGUUGUCACGCGCUAUGUGUUCCAGAGCAGUCCUGAUCUUUCCUUGACGCUCUAUGGUCUAGACAUGCUGAUCAAGCGGGACUGCGAGACUGGGAGACCGCAAAGUACUCUCCUGACGGCAGCUUUGAAUAUCCGAUCUCCUGCCACAAAAGGCAAAACUUCAUUCGACCCUCGGCAAUCGAUACAAUGCUCUAUUAAGGCAAAAUGGGAACUAACCGUCCGCUUCACGAAUGUCUCCGCUGGUGGUACUGCCAAGAUACUUAAAGCAGGCGAGUCAAUCUGCAAGAAAAUCACACUGUCCGUUCAAAAGACGUCAAUUACAUUCCGCCCGUUAUUGUCCGAGAAGCAGGAUUCCCAAGCGUUAUCUGAUCCUCCUACCCACGUAGCAACAUCUCAGCUCAUUCUAUCGGUCCCUGAUGGAGUCUCUCAGCCCUCCUUCUGCUUCGACCAUCUCUCCAGGACAUAUGCCUUGGACCUCUCAUUCUCUUUCCACAACAUUCCAGGUGUCGCGAAACACUAUGUACACGUCAAAGCUCCUGUGAUGGUGAUGUCAUCUAGCGUUCUUGAUGAGGUUCUACCAAAGUAUAAGGCAGUGGCGGAUGAGGUCGAGACUCCUUGUCAAACAGAGUAUGCGGGGUUUACUGCAUUGCUGGCUUCAUCUUAA